AUGAAUAACAAAAUUCACGGCGUGAUCCCUGAAUAUUUUGUCGGCCUCCCGUUGAUAAGUCUUGAGCUGGAUUCGAACAAUUUCACGGGCACUAUACCCGUCCGCCUUUGGAGCUCAUCCACAUUGAUCGAGUUUUCUGCUUCAGAUAAUCAACUAGAAGGUUCUCUUCCUGCCGAGAUUGGCAAUGCCAUGUCUUUACAGGUUGUUGUUCUUUCUAACAACUACAUAACUGGAAAAAUUCCGGACCAGAUUGGGAAAUUGCAGUCUCUCAGCGUGUUGAAUCUGAACAGUAAUUAUCUAGAAGGCAAUAUUCCGGCUGCCAUUGGGAAUUGCACAGAACUCGGGUCACUCGAUUUGGGCAGUAACUGGCUCAAUGGCUCGAUCCCGGAAGAAAUUGUCGGUUUGCCCCAGCUGCUGUGCCUCAUUCUUUCCCACAAUAACCUAUCGGGACACAUACCUUGGAAAAACUCAAAGUACUUUCAGCAGGACUCGGUUAUUCCUGCCUCGAGCUUUCUUCAGCACAUUGGAGUUUACGAUCUCUCGUUCAACCAGUUGACCGGCUCGAUCCCUGAGGUGUUGGGUGAUUGUUCAGUCUUGACGUAUAUUUUACUCAACGGAAAUUCACUCUCUGGGGAGAUACCAGGCUCGUUAUCCCGGCUGUCUAAUCUCACGACAUUAGAUUUGACCGGAAACUUAUUUUCCGGCAACAUUCCUUUUGAAAUUGGUGAUGCAGUUAAGUUACAGGGGUUGUACCUUGGGGAUAACCGGUUUACUGAUUUGACCGGAAACUUAUUUUCCGGCAACAUUCCUUUUGAAAUUGGUGAUGCAGUUAAGUUACAGGGGUUGUACCUUGGGGAUAACCGGUUUACUGGUCAAAUACCAGAGACUCUCGGCAAGUUAAAUGGGUUGGUGAAACUUAAUCUGUCGUCUAAUAUGUUAUCCGGGCCGGUCCCAAUCGGUCUGAGCAAAUUAUACGGGCUUACCCAUUUGGACCUGAGUUCAAACAUGCUCACCGCCGAGCUUCCGGUUGAAUUAUUAAGAAUGGUUAAUCUUGUCGGGCUAUAUGCUCAGCAUAAUCGCCUAUCUGGCCAUAUUGACCGCCUGUUCGGAAAAUUGGACUCGUGGAGACUUCAGAUCGCGAACCUCAGCUGCAAUUCUUUCACUGGCACCCUACCGAGCUCAUUGGGGAACAUGUCAUACUUAACUGUCUUGGAUCUCCACAGAAACAGUUUUACCGGUCUAAUUCAGUACCUUGAUAUAUCCGAAAACUCGUUCGAUGGACAAAUCCCGCCCGAGUUAUGUGCCCCGACGAGCCUUUAUUAUCUCAACCUGGCGGAGAACGAGCUGAACGGCCCGGUCCCAAGAAACGGCCUUUGCCUGAAAAUUAACAAGUCAUCCCUCGCCAGUAACAAGAAUCUUUGCGGCCGUGUUUUGGACGUAAAAUGCUCGCCGAAUAAUUUUCGAGCCCAAAAAAAGCUACCUUUGACGAACAUCUGGGGACUCGUGUCGGUCUCGAUCGGGACUAUUCUGAUAAUCCUCACCGUAAUUAUCGUUCUACGCAUCUGGCUGGCCCGAUGUGGACGUGACGGCAAAAGGCCCAAUAACAUAUUAUCCGAAAGCAGCAAACCCAACAGUUCGGAUCAGAAUCUCUACCUGUUGACCGGCAUCAGCAGCCGGUCAAAGGAGCCCUUGAGCAUAAACAUAGCCAUGUUCCAACAGCCCCUUUUAAAACUCACCCCUGCCGAAAUACUCGAGUCCACGAACAACUUUUGCAAGGCCAACAUUAUCGGGGACGGAGGUUUCGGGACAGUGUACAAAGCCACAUUACCCGACGGGCGAACUGUAGCCGUGAAGAAGCUGAGCCAGGCCAAGGCUCAGGGCCCGCGCGAGUUCCUAGCCGAGAUGGAGACUCUCGGCAAGGUCAAGCAUCGAAACCUCGUAUCCCUCCUCGGCUACUGCUCGUACGCAAAUGAAAAAGUGCUCGUUAACGAGUACAUGCCCAACGACAGUCUCGACAGCUGGCUCCGGAACCGGGCUGGUGGGCCCGUGGCACUUGAUUGGGCUCGCCGUUUUUGGAUUAUAGUGGGGUCCGCUCGGGGACUCGCAUUCCUCCACCACGGGUUCAUACCCCACAUCAUACACUGA